AUGGGUCCUUCUCAAUCCACCCAGAUUUUUGUGCAAGGGAUACUCAUUACUGAUGCUCUGGUCAUGACAGUUGAAAAAGGACAGGAAGAUGAGAUACAGUUGUACUGGCAACCUCUAAGUCUUGAAUGCUUAAUUGUACAGCUAUAUGAAUUAGUUUUUGAUUAUGAAAAGAGGGUACAUACGAAGUUCCACUGCAGGCAAGCCCAUGCUUCAGGCACUGACACUUCAUGCUUGACGUUUUCCUAUGAUGGGACUGUCCUUGCCAGCCGAGGAGGAGAUGAUACCUUGAAGAUAUGGGAUAUUAGACAAUUUAAAAAGCCUCUUAAUUCAGCGGAUGGACUGCCCAGCUUCUUUCCAAUGACAGAUUGUUGUUUCAGCCCAGAUGAUAAAAUACUUGUCACAGGCACCUCUGUUAAGAAAGGUGGUGGCAGUGGGAAGCUCUUUUUCUUUUAUCGUGAAACAUUCCAGAAGUUGUAUGAGAUAGAAGUUACAGAUGCAAGUGUUGUGCGUUGCCUUUGGCAUCCCAAGCUGAACCAGAUCAUGGUUGGUACUGGAAAUGGUUUAGCCAAAGUGUACUAUGAUCCUGUCAAAAGCCAAAGGGGAGCAAAAUUAUGUGUGGUCAAAACAAAACGAAAAGAGAGACAAGCAGAGACUCUUACACAGGAUUACAUUAUAACGCCCCAUGCACUUCCAAUGUUCCGUGAACCACGACAGCGAAGCACCAGGAAACAGCUGGAGAAGGAUAGGCUGGACCCCCUGAAGUCUCACAAACCUGAACCUCCAGUAGCAGGAGCAGGUCGGGGUGGGCGUGUUGGAACCCAUGGAGUCACCCUGUCAUCAUAUAUAGUCAAGAAUAUUGCACUGGAUAAGACGGAUGAUAGCAACCCUCGAGAGGCUAUUUUACGUCACGCAAAGGAAGCGGAGGAGAAUCCAUACUGGGUUGCUCCGGCAUAUGCUAAAACACAGCCAAAAACAGUUUUUGCAGAAGUGGAACCAGAAGAUGAUGAAACAGACAAACCAGAGUGGAAAAAACGUAAAAUUUGAAAAAAAAAUUGGUUUAAAGAAGAAUGUUAGAGCAUUUGAGACAAAAUGAAACAUUUAUUUAUUUUAGGUAGUGGAUCAAAAUUUGAAAGCAAAAAUUACUUCCGUUUAUAAAAUUUGCUGCAGUAUAAAAGGGGAUUGUUGUACUUCACUGGCUUAAUCUCAGAUCUGAAUUUUGUAAUAAGGAAUUAAUUGUGCAAAUAACUCCUCUAUGUCAGUUACUUGGCUUUGCGUUUGGAGUGAAAAAUAUUUCUUUAUAAAUAGUGAAUUCAUUAUAUCGCCAAAUUUUUUUUUCUCGUUACUGCCAAUCUUACAAAUGCUGUGUCAUGACAGUGUUCAAUGAUUUUAAGUAUACCAAUAAAAUAAUACAGUUUCUCAGAGUCCUUUUUAUUUUUUCCAAUUAAGAGCUAACAAAUUACUUCAUUCUUUACAAGUGCAAUGAAGUUUUGAUUAAUUAUUGUGGAAUUUUCCUGGUUAGUUAAUUUGUGUGUUCACAUGAGUUUGAAUUCAGUUCACACUCUGAAUUUUAGAAAACAUAUUUUCUAGUGUCUAUCCUUCUUUACCUGGUAUUCUUUUUAAAUAUGUGUAGUAUGUCACAGUAGUAUUGAAUACAGCUUUUGUUUUUAAAAAAUGUAGAAUUGGAAUGGACAAUUACAUGUUUUGAUUUAAUAAAAAUAAUAUGUUUAUUGCCUGGUUGAUGCAGAAUUUUGUGCAGUUUAGUAUGUAUGGAUGAGUUUUAGAAUAGAGUAGGUCUUUGUAGUUAAUAUCAGGUCUUUAUAUGUAUUGACUUUGUUGUGUGCCUGAAUUAUGUACAUCUGCCUCACACUCCCUGAAGACUUAUACUGUUAUAAAGUGUUUUUUCUAAAUA